CAUGGAACAGCAACCAUAAAAGUUUACAAAAUGUCUGACAUAAUUCCAUUUCUCGUAUUCUCUUAAUAUUAUUACUCUACUAUUUUUUGUCAUUGAAAUGCUAAGGAGUGUAUAACACUAUAGAUCUAGAUCUCUGAAUCAGUACAAACUUUGAUAGUUUCUGCUUUUAGCGUCGUGUCGUUAUAUCGGUUUUUUCUCUUAGACUAGUUAGCCUGCUGGAUCGGAUGAAAGCAUCAAUAAUUUCAAUUUCAUUGAAUUGAUCAAUUCAAUGACGACAAUGAUCAAAUUCAAUUAAUGAAUUAUCAAUAAUAUCAAUCAAUCAUUUCAAUGUCAAUAGCCGACUAGAGUUUAGAUACGAUGAAAUCUUUUUGUGAUUCUGACAGAAAUCUGACUUCAACUUGGAAUGACAUUUCAUUUUGUUCAUUCAGUUUCACUUAUUUUCAGUGUUACUCAGUGUAGAUUCGGACAAUCAUCAAUUAUUGUGAAUGAUUGAUUCUAUGAAUGCACCUAGUCCAUGUGAUUCCAUUUGUUAAUGAAGGCAAACACAGAAAAUGGAAAUAAAAAUUGGCAAUUUGUGUUUCACUUCUAAAUUUGACUCAGGAAAUCUAGCAAGAGUAGAAAAAGUUUCUAAAGAUGAUGAAGGCACAGAAAAUGAUGUCACAAAUAGCUUUCAAUAUUCAGGUUCUAAUGCAGACAUCAAACCUGAUUAUGAAUUUAAUGUUUGGACAAGUCCUGACUGUGCUGGAACUGAGUUUGAAAAUCCCAACAGAUCUUGGUUUUAUUUUGGCAUUAAAGGCUUGACCAACAACAAAGUAAUCAAAAUUAAUAUAAUGAAUCUGAACAAACAAGGGAAGCUAUACAGUCAAGGUCUUGCUCCGAUUUAUAAAAUACUUCCUGGAAAGCCAAAGUGGGAAAGGAUUAGAGAGAGGCCUACUUUUGAGAUGAUUGAUGGUCAGUUUAUUUUGAGGUUCACAUUUAGAUUUCCUGAUAUGAAAAGUGGUGCAGUCUACUUUGCAUUUUGCAUUCCUUGGUCCUAUGAAGAGAGUCAGAAUCAACUUAAAGAACUAGAUGCUCAGUUCUCUGAUUGUCAGCAGUAUUCAUCAGAAACUCACCCAGAAAAGAUCUACUACCAUAGAGAACUCUUGUGUCACUCAUUGGAUAAGCUACGAAUUGAUUUGAUCACUAUAUCUUCCUGUCAUGGACUGACAGAUGACCUUGAGCCAAGAUUUGACAAGCAUCUCUUCCCUGACAGAGCUAUUCCCAGAUGUAGAAGAUUUAUUGGUAAAAGAGUAUUUGUACUGAGCAGCAGAGUCCAUCCAGGUGAAACACCAGCAAGCCAUGUAUUUAAUGGAUUUUUAAACUUCAUUCUGAGAGAGAAUGAUCCUCGAGCUAAAUGCUUACGACAACAUUUUGUUUUUAAACUGAUUCCUAUGUUAAACCCAGAUGGGGUGGUCAGAGGCCACUACCGCACUGACCCAAGGGGAGUGAAUUUGAAUCGUGUGUACCUAGAUCCCAGUCCUGAACUGCAUCCAUCCAUUUAUGCAGCAAAAAGUCUUAUUGUUUACCAUCAUAUUCAAGAAAGAGACAGGCUGGACCAUUCUUUAGAUCAUGUCAACAUCCAGUUUCCAGGUGGGUGUAGAGUGCCUAGCAGUGAACGUCAUGCAAGAGAACUCACUAAACUGUGUAGUGGCGAUGGGGGAAUGCAGCUCAUUUACAAAGUUGAGGAGGCAAGAAAUGAUGAUAGUGACUCAUUGUAUGACAAAGAAGCUGCCAGAGCAUUGAAACAAAAGAUUAUGGAGAUGAACAUUGAGGAUUUACACAUUGGUCAGCUUAGUGACCACCAUUGGCCAGCUCAUGCCAGCCACUUGCCACCACUUUCAACUAAGGGAUGCCAAGAAGAGCAUCUUGAAAAAAAACAUGAGCUUCAAGAGCAUUAUACACAUCACCAACAUUCCCCUCGUCAUUGGCAAAACCAUGCCCAUCACAAAAAAGAGGACCUUUCUUUGGAGUCUCCUCUGCUGAGUAAUGUUGAUCAUCUGGAAUCGAAGCCCGAAAAACAUUCUUUACUUGAAGCACAUUAUCUCCCUCAUUUACAGAGCCACAAACAUGGAUUUCAUCCUUUGUCUACAAGUGAGGCUGACUUUAAUCCUGUCCCAAAACCUAACAGAUCUUCAAGCCCAACUAACACACUCACAAAGGCUUUGCCACUAAAUUACAAUAUCAAUUCUGAUGUUUCUGUCUCAGCUCAGCCAUUGAUUGAACCUCUUGAUCUGUCAGAGUUAGAGGAAUCAGAAAACACAAAGAAAAUAAGUAACGUGGCUUUGAUGGGUUCUUCCUCAGACUGUAGUAUGGUGAGCUUAUUUGAUGUGAAUGAAUUUUCAUCUGAUACAAAUCAAGAUCAUAUUGCUGCUGACUCAGAACUUAGGCUCAGACUUUCUUCUCUAAACAUGUCAGAAGAUUAUAACAAAAACAGUGUUGCAGUAACCUCUGAUGACCUGGAGUCAGAGAGAAUGGGGAAUGAGGGUUCUGAAGCUGAAAUAGACAAUGAGAACCCUGUUGAAGAAGGAAACAAUGCUCCCCACCUUCGAGCUCCAGAGCUUUUGAUGAUCCCCCCUGAGAAAAGUGGUGUAGCCCUGUAUGUAGACCUUCAUGGUCAUGCCUCUAAACGUGGAUGCUUUAUUUACGGCAACUACUUUGAUAAUGAAGACAUCCAGGUUGAAAACAUGCUUUAUUCUAAGCUCAUAGCCUUCAAUACUGCCCACUUUGAUUUUACUGCUUGCAACUUCUCUGAAAGAAACAUGUACAUGAAAGAUAAAAGAGAUGGUAUGUCUAAAGAGGGCAGUGGCCGUGUGGCUGUGUAUAAAGCUAUAGGGCUGAUUCACAGCUUCACAUUAGAAUGUAAUUACAACACUGGUCGAAUGGUCAACCCAGUUCCUCCUGCAUCAAAUGACAAUGGAAGGGCGACACCUCCACCUCAAGCUGGAUUUCCACCAAAGUACACACAAGCUCAUUAUGAAGAUGUUGGUAAAGCUAUGGCAGUAGCAGCCCUUGAUAUGAUUGACCUAAACCCCUGGUCACGCAUUGUCAAUUCAGAACAUGGAAAUUUGUUUAACGUUAGAGAAGCCGUUCGUAGAUAUUUGAGAAGCUUAAGGGGACAACCUAGAGCCCCCAGAAAUGUUCCCUCCAAAUAUAGUGGAAAUAACAAAUCGCAAAAUUCUGGCCAGAUACCCCAAACUAGAAGAGCAAGUCUUACAGAGGUUGGAACUAUUUCUUCCAACUCUAAACUGAGACAGGGACAAGAUGUUUCCAAUCGCUUAUAUCCAAGGCCAGCCUAUCCAGCCAUGAAUGAAUCUCUUGCUGCUAAGAGGGAGCUAGGACCAGUGAAAGAAGCACAGAGAAUACAUUUGCCUCAAGCUUCCAACAUGCGUGGAAAGAUGACUUUUAACAAUGCCACUUUUUCAAGAAAUUUAACUAACAGAAAUCAAAUGACAUUGGCUCUGGGUGCUUUAUCAGGGGAGCGACAGGUUUCUAGCUCUAGUUCUAGGCUAAAAGACUCUGAUAAUUUAUCAAAAACUGAAGAUGUAGUCCUUCAAACUUCAAGGGCAACUGAAAUGCUGAAAUCAAGGGAAGAAACAAAAGUGAAUCAACUUAGACCAGUCAAUAAAAGAUUAACAUCAACCAGAGUUCCUUUGGCAAGUGGUGGAAAAUCUAGAGUUGGAUUGCCUUCAGCAUCAGACUCACAGUCGAUAGCCAAAUUAGAAACUGUAGUAAAUCAGAAGGCAGAAACACAAACCAGCAGUAGGCAUUCUAAUGUAGAUUUAUUAAUGGGUUCUCCAGAACAAGGUUCAUCAGUGACUGUGAUUGAAAAUAAUAAUGACUUGAAAGAUGGAGACUCAGAGGGCAUGGAAAUAACCGAGGCAAUGGCAAUAGGCAGUGGAGAAUCAAAAAAUGUUGAAGGAUCAUAUCGUUUUGGAACCAAUGUUAAAAGACGCAAAAGAAUGCACAACAUCUCUAAGAGACGACAGGGUUCUAAAACAAGCAUAACUUACAGAGGCUUGCAGGCUAAGGAAAUAGCUUCAGAUAGCAAAGCAGAGACACAGUUUUCUAAUUGGAAGAGACGGCAUUCAAGACAAAGGAGUUUAUCAGACAAUGUUCCUCCAAAUAUCACUUCAAAUGCUCAGGGAGAUCAAGUCAUAUUUCUGUCAAAUUCGGGAAAAAGUCCAAUAAAAAGUAGUUCCUUGAAAAGUUCUGCAGUAGUUCUUACUCCAAGAGCUACCAUCAGUACUGGGUUACACCACGAUCACCCCACUUCAUACAACGUAGAGCAUCAGACCCAAGUCCAGCCAUCAACAACUAGUUUAUUAGAGGUGAAAGGAACGACAGAAAUUCAAUGUCCAAGACCCAGUCAAAUUUUUUGGGUGGAGUACUAACAAUUUAAAUUACCAUUAAUGUACACUGCAAGUUACAAUCUCAAACCUACAGCAUAACAAUUCAAUAUGAUUCAUCUAGUUACAUUGCUGCAAUAAGUCAGGAGAAGCAAGCAUUAUUUCAGCUAAGUUAAAUAAGUUCAUAGAUAUUUUUUUUUCACUUAGAAUAAAUUAAGGCAAAUAGUGUGACAGAUGAAAUGAUAUUAAUAUUUCAAUGAAAAGUAUAACUAAGGUUGCUGUAGUUUUUUACUAGCAGUAUUAUUUUUACAUUUCUCUUUCUAUUGACUCUUAUAAAUCUAUUUUUAAAAAAAUGACAGAAUCGUUUGCUGUGAUAUAAUAAAGUCUGUAUAGUUUUGUUUUCUUUAGAUGUUGUUUGAAUAUUUUUUUUUUACUAAAUUUCUUGAGAAUAUAUAAAUUUGAUACAACUCAUUUCAUUGACUGCCAGAGGGAUAUGUUUUUGUUCAAUAGAAAAUAACAAAACUUUAAACUAGUUUUAAAUAAAUAAAUAACUGCCAUUAUAUUGCUGCCAUUUGUUGUUGUUUUUUUAUCAGUCAGGAAAAGCAUUAGUUGGAUUAUUAAAAUUAUUUUCUUUGUCCUAUUAGUGUAAACAAUAUAUGAUACAUAUAUUUUACAAUUAUUUUUUUUAUUAAAAAAAAAAUGUAUAAUUGAAAGACCAUUACAACUUUCUUUUUCUUUGUUUAAAAUAGUUUCUUUUCUUAUUUUUUUUGUGUGGAGUUUUUGCGUUUUUACUUUUUUUGCCUUUUAUUUUCCUUUUCCCAUUUGAUUUCAAUGACUGUAAAUAAUUUGUUCAUAUUUUCAAAUCUAAGAAAGCAUAGCACAAUAUUCUUUUUUUUUUUUUUCAUUUUUAUUAUUGAUAAAAAUAUUCAAAAUUUCAUAUAUUAGUCAAUAUAUCAGUAUAUAUACAUUAAGGUUAUAAGAAAGUAUUUAGGUAUUUGAAAAACUGCAUUUUUUUUAUUGAAGUGUGACGCAAGGAAUAGUUUCAAUCUUUAGCAGCAUUUCAGCUUUUUAGGUCUACUUUGUAUCUUUUUGUGUAUAUAAGUCAUAUUUUAUUAUUAUGUAUCUUUAUGUAGAGUGGAAUUCCUUUUAAAUGACUCCAGUUCUACUACUAAUGUUGAAGGUAAUGUCUCACAAUGACUGCACAAAAUAUUCCUUUUUACCUUCAUGUUCUAUAUUUUAAACUAUUAGAAGUUUCAAGCACUCAUUAAAAAAUAAUGUUUGGCCAGUGCAUUAACAUUUUUUUAAUAUAAAGCUUUUGAAAAACAAAUAAAAAAAAAUGAAUUUACAUAAUUGCUUAGUCAUGAUAUUGUUUUUUUACAAACUUAUUUUAACACCAGAUUACUUAUGAUACAGUUUGAUUUUCUGGAAUUGUAUUUUUUCUUUAUAAUGGAGCAUUCCACUUAAGGUUUAAUGUCUUAUAGUGGAUGUUCCACUGAAAUUGUAAUAUCAGCCUGGGUAAAAGUAGGGUUCCACUGUGGUUGUCAUAUGUUAGGCGAUGUACUAGUUUGCUUAUGUUUGCUGACAACAAAAUAGAAUUGUGACAUCAAGUAGCUGACAUUAAAAUUGAUGAAUUUUA